ACAAUAAGCAAAAAGUUAGUGUUGCGCAAUAUUUUGCAAUAGGUAAACAUAUUUUACCUUCAGUUAUGGACAAUAUUUUUAUAUGUGAUGGAAUAUAUGAUAUUAAAUGUUUAGUUGAUUAUUUAUUUAGAUCGGAUAAAUAUAUCUUUCACUAAAUAUUAAUGGAAAAAUUUUAGUUUAGCAUUAAAAAUAUUGGUAUAUAUAUUGGUGAAUUUUUAAGUAUUUUACUUUAGGAUGAUAUUUUUUUAUUUUUUAGAAAUACCCGAUGGCACUCGGUCUAACCUGAAUACUAAUGAUAAACACAUAAAAGAUGAAACUCUUACAAGGGAUCAAGUGACAAACACUGAUUCAUCACACGAAAAUCAAUUCAAGAGUGAUUGUAAACAUUUAGAUAGUAAUUCAAAAACAUGGAUUUUAAGAAAUAAAACUAAUGUCAAACAACAAUUGUGUCGGACACCUAUUUGUUCGGUAAACACAGUUGAUAACACUAGGAACACGAAAAAUUACACUGAAUUAUUUUUAUAUGAAGCUAUAGAUUUUCUGAGAGAUAUCAAUGUUUACAAUAGAUCUAAUGAUAAUGUUUACCACACAAUCCAAAACGAUUACCUUUACUAUGACAUUUUUAAUAUAACUACCAAACCUUACAAACCACUGCAAGAUAUACAGCCACUUGACAAUAUUAGCACUCAUAGAAUUCUACCAGAAGUUAGAGUAGCAAAGAUUGUACAGCAGAUGGAGAAAGAAAUUAAUCCUUUGAAGGUUAUGCUAAAUGAAAUUAUAAGCAAAUGCUCAUCAUUAGGUUUAACGAAAAUAAAAUACCAACAUUCCAUGUUUAAUAACGAAAUAAAUGCUGAGAAAGAAAUGAAUAAUGUGAAAUCCAACCGAGUGGUUUAUUCAAUUGUGUUCGAUGGCUAACAAUAAAAAUGUAUAAAUGUGAUGGGGUGUUUUUGUUUUUUUUUAAUUAUGGCAACUAACCAAUAUAGAAAAUCCAAUUCUCACAAAAUUAAGAUAACGGUAUUUAAAUUUUUUAUUCAAUUUGUUUUUGAAUUUUAUGAUCCAGGGAAUUGUAUUUAUAAUAUAUAUUUUAAGUGCCGUAAUAAGUUAUAUUGUCAAUUCCAACGUUACAUUGAGGAAAUCCAUUAUAAUAACUAUAAACCAAUUUAAAAACAAUGAUAUUUACCAUCUUGUACCCUAGUUUAGUAUCUACAAUCUUGCUG